CGAAUCAAUAAUGCAUGUUUUGAAGCAGUAGUGGUCACCAAUACCAUACCUCAGGAGGACAAGAUGAAGCAUUGCUCUAAAAUACAGGUGAUUGACAUCUCUAUGAUCCUUGCGGAAGCCAUCAGGAGAACUCAUAAUGGGGAAUCUGUUUCCUACCUAUUCAGUCAUGUUCCUUUAUAA